UGUUUCGUCCAUCAUUUCUUUCAUUCCUUUACCCCUCCUUGCUACCAACUGCUCCGUACAUGGCAGAAAAAGAUGCUACUGUACGCCUCCGUAGAGCGGUCAAAGAGAACAAUCUCUUCCUCGUCAAGAGACUAAUUCAACGAACAGACAUGCGCAAUCCUGACCCCGGUCCCAAGCGCUACACAUCAUUAGCUUGGGCCGCAGCUCAGGGGCAUGAGGAGACGUUCGAGUUUUUACUGACAGCCGGACAUGACGAUGAAGAACUCAGCAGGGAUUCUGAGAAUAACACUAUCCUCAUGCUAUUGGCUGACUUCAAGCCUCCUCCACCUAACCCUUACGCGCCAGGCCCCUCACAGGUUGAUCUCAUGGGUGCUGCACUUCGCAUGGCAAGACUUUACUACGAACGUUACCCGUGGAUUCUUGACUGGUCCAACAUACAAGGGAAAACGGCGUUGCAUAUGGCUGCUCUCAAGGGAAACGAGGAGCUCGUUCGCAUGCUGUGUGAUUUGGGCGCCGACUUCGAUUUGUCAGAUAACAAAGGGAAUACUCCACUCCAUUAUGCAAGUUCUUGGGGUCAUAUCCCGAUUGUCCAACUUUUAAUUGAAAGGGGAUGUCAAUUUGCUGCCCGGAACAAUGACGGGUUCACUGCGUCCGAUUACGCAUAUUCUUUUAACACGCGGGACACUUUGCAAGACUCUGCCCGUCUGCAAUUUGAGACUAACAAGAAAUCCAGACGCAUGGUAUUUGCACAAGCCGCUGCUCGAGGCAAUGAAUGGGGUUGCGUUCCGCCCCUUGACAGACCGCCGCCUAUUCCAUUAAAGACACCCAGCGUCGGAAGAAACGCACCUCGAAUGCGGAGCAGCUCCGGUGUGCUGGGAAUUGGGCCAGGGCAAGGAACAAGCCUUUCAUCUCUCUCAGCAUCAUCAACAACGUCACAGCCCUCGAGAUUACCCUCGCAUCAAUAUACCCACCCCCAUUCGCAACGAUCUGAUAACAUGUCCUCUGCCAGUAGUACAGGCACUUUCCCCUCCCCGGGACCUUCACAGGGGCUCACACUCAAUCCACCUCUUACACAACAAAGUUCACUGUCGCCAAUUGUGAACCGAAUGCGGGAGCGAGACGCAGACGAGAUGGAGAAGUACAUGAGGAGAAAUCGUAGCGGAAGUGCGGGGACAGCGUCUACGGAUAACAAAUCGCAGAAUGGGAAUAACUUCACUUCGGCUGGUCCAUCCGCCAACGGUGACGAUAUCACGGCAUUGGCUUCCAUAGCCAUCUCCGGGUCGACAGCACCCCGGAGGUGUCUAAGACCUUCACUUUCUGCUGCACAACUCCGCACAACUGCAUCUCCCCUUGCCGCACAAACCCAGAACAGUCAAGCAGACGCGCUGAGAAAUCGUUCUGGAACGAAUCCUACCAGCGCUCGUCCACCGCAAGCUACGCUUACGCCAAUUCCCAUUCUCACGCGCGCAUCGUCAUCGGAUACCCCUCGACACGAGGAGAAGUUGGUGGAGGAAUCUGAAACAUUCACUGGACCCCCCACGCAAUACGCGCAAUUCCCGGAGCCACCUAAGAAAGGGGUCCGUGUUGCAACAGCAUCCACUGCUGCAGCCAUAAGCCGGAGACUACCUAGUCUCUUUUCGUCCAAGUCCACAGCUGCCCAUCCCCCUCCCCCUCCUACUCCCAUCCCUGACCUUCCUCAAGGUCAUCAUAGCCAUCGAAGAGGCUCUUCAUCGGCUUCCAUUCGCGGAUAACUUGGAAAGUCUAUUCGUUGUAUGACUUUCAUGUGUACUUCACCUGGGUUGUAUGCUCCACUGUUCAAUAUUUGUUGUGGGAUUAGUUUCCGUCUGGACAUUUUAUACACAUCCUGCAUAGCCUGUUUGCACUGUAGCACAAUUCAUUUUUAGCAAUCACACACCGUAUACAUUC